CGGGAAGUGCUCAGUGACACUUGGUCAGAAGUCAGAAAGCAGCUCCAAGAAUGUACAAGAAAGAUUUUGUGUUGACUUUGUUGAUUCUUAUGCUAACAAUUAUUAUUUGCUUCAACGAGGUAACUGCGGCUAAAGCAAAGAUCCACAGAGCAAGAUUUCAUAUGGCCAGAAAUCCGAAGCAAAUAAGGACAAGCAUAAUCAAAUGCUGCGGAAAAAACUCCUGCACUAAAACUUCUAGCAAAAAAGAUAGCACAUUUGGCAAUAAAACUGAAACAAUCAUUUACACAAAAUCGGCUUUGGAUUCUGACGCAAACGACGAAACAUCGCCGAUUGCUGACAUUGAGGAAAUAACCACACUCUCUGAAAGUGGCGAUGGUCAAACAAAUACUGACGCUCAGACGGACAAUUCUCCGACAGAAAAUGGCGCUACCGUUGCUGAGGUUUCCCAGGAACAAACAACUAAUUUUAUUUCGACCAAGUCAUCCUCUGAAUCCAGCAUGGAAUCGUCUUUGCCUGGAACAACAAUUUCGUCAGGAACACAAUUUGCGUCAGGAACACAAAUUUCGACAGAAAUGCAAACUGCAACGACAAUUAAAUCUGCUGAAGUUACCUCUUCUUCCACUACAUUAACAACAUUAAUUGCGGCUGUCAAUUUACCAAAUUGCAACUAUUCAAUUCAACCGGAGCCAAACGAGUUCAGCAAUGAUGGACUUUUGAAAAACCCAGACACGCGAGGAUUUUGGAUGAAUUCCUGCGACCAACAAUUCUUGAUUGGAAAAACUUUGGUUUCUUGGGAAGAAAAUGUGGCAAAAUGUUUGAAAAUCGGAAUGGAACCAGUGUCGUUAGAGAAUGACAAAAAGAAUGAAUGUUUCCAAAAAUUAACGUCAGACUGGACGGGCUCUACAAUGUUUUGGACUUCUGGAUUUGGAACAUCAACGAGUUAUUAUUCCUGGUGCACAAAAAAUGGCACAACAGUCGCAGAAAGUUCGUCCAUCCUUUGGGCCGCGGGACAACCUCGAUCGGCCAGAGAAAGUGAAAACUGUGUCCAGUUGAAAAUACUGAAGGCCAACGCCACGUACGAAUUGUCACGGCGGAUGUGCAACGAAACUUUAUUUUUCGCAUGCCAGGGUCCUCCGACUGCAGCCCCGAAAUGUUCGGCCCCCACCUGCCCAAAUAUAACCUGUCAGAAAAAUCCAUACUUUUAUAACAAUGAGUCUAAUUUAAAAGAUCCAAAUUUUCAUGGCAGCUGGUGCUCAUACAAAGGUCGCAGCUAUCUUUUCAGCUACCCAAACAAUACCAAAACAUUUUUAAGCGCAUUUCAAGCGUGCUGCGAAAUCGGAAUGACUUUGCUCAGCAUCGAGUACGAUUUCAAAUACAAUUCACUCAAAUACGCUCUCACUAGAAACGCAUCGUACACGGCGGACGUUUUUUGGACGUCAGGAUCAGACAGGGGUUGCGAGGGAAAAUUCGGAUACUGCACCGCAAAACGACUUCUGCGUCAAGAGGCGAUCUGGGAUUUUGGACAGCCGGACAAUUCAAACGGAAAUGAAAACGCCGUCGCUGUUUUCAUCAACGGCAGCCACGCUUUACUUUCAGAUUUCAGUGAGGAACAAAAAUUUCGAUACAUUUGCGAGGCAAGGGAAACGGCGUAUAAAAAGACGGGUGGAAAUGCAAUUCGAGAUGAAUGUGCCGCAGCCUACAAUGUUACCCAAAAGGAGAUCGACACCUUGAUGAAUGACACAAGCAAAUUUGAUUUGAGGAUUAAAUGUUUUUUAAGAUGCAUCGGAGAUAGUGCCGGACUGAUGGUUAAUGGGAAAUUCAUCGACGGUGAGGUUUUGGCCACUUUAGAAAAAAUGGCGAAAGGAAACUUAAAAGAUUUGAAGAAGAACACGGAUAUCUUGGUUGGGUGCCAAAAUUCUGCCAGUGGGAUGGAUGAGUGCGACCAAGCGGCCCAAAUGAUUAAAUGCACCAAUGAGAAGGCACCAGACGUUUUAAAUGCGGUCAUCACGACAGUCGAUCAAUCUAUUCCUCUUCCGACAUCACAAAAUUUCCCCAUUGCCCAAUGUCCGAACACGCCGUCAUGUCCAAUCAAUAAAACUCUGCAGGAUGAAUUUUUGGCUGCAGCUGGUGAAACAAACAUAACAAAUGGGAAUGGAUUUGUGCGGUUCCAUUGUGGCAAAAAGUAUCUCUACUAUUCGCAAAAUGUAUCGUUGAAAAGUGCUCUGGACAUUUGUUGCUCUUACAAUUUGCAGCUCAUUUCAGUAGACAGUGCCGAAAAAGCAGAUUGUCUUCUAACCCCAAUUAAUCCUGUUUUUGCAAAAAUAUGGUCAUGGACAGCCGGCAUUCGGAAGAACGCUCAAAAUCCGGUGUGGUGCACUUCCAACGCGCCCUUCUCUACCGCAAGUAAUUUCCUCGACAUUCGGCCUACGUGGGAAAAAAGCCCCUCUGAAGAUGGAAUAUCCUACAAAGUGUUCGAAAAGGAGAUCAGCUUUUGUAAAAUAGCUACCAAUAAGAAAUAUUUCAUAUGUGAGCAAAAGUAAUAUUGAAGA